AUGGAAUUUGGUACAGGAUGUGUUAAAGUCACACCAGCACAUGAUCCAAAUGAUUAUAAUGGUGCUAUUAGACAUAAAUUAAAAAUAAUUAAUAUAUUAAAUGAUGAUGGAACUAUGAACCAAGAAUGUGGAGAGUUUGCAGGAAUGAAAAGAUUUGAAUGUAGAGAAGCAGUAAUAGAGAAAUUAAAAGAAAAAGGAUUAUAUAAAGGAGUUAAAGCAUCAGCAAUGAGAGUACCAAUUUGUUCAAGAAGUCAUGAUAUUAUUGAACCAAGAAUUAAACCUCAAUGGUGGGUAAAUUGUAAAAAUAUGGCAAGAAGAGCAGUAGAAGCUGUAAGAAAGGGAGAAUUAAAAAUGUAUCCAAGUGAAAUGGAAAAUGUAUGGUAUAGAUGGUUAGAAAAUAUACAUGAUUGGUGUAUUUCAAGACAAUUAUGGUGGGGACAUAGAAUUCCAGCAUAUUUAAUAAAGAGUAAAAAAGAAAAAGAAGCUGAUGAAUUUGAUAUGAAGAAUUGGGUUGUUGCAAGAAGUGAAGAAGAAGCAAGAAAGAAAGCAGCAGAAAUUAAAGGAGUAAAUAUAGAAGAUAUUGAAUUGAAACAAGAUCCAGAUGUAUUAGAUACAUGGUUUUCAUCCGGAUUAUUCCCAUUUAGUGUUAUGGGAUGGCCAGAACAAACAAAAGAUUUAGAAAAGUAUUUCCCAGGAGAAUUAUUAGAAACAGGAAAUGAUAUUAUAUUCUUUUGGGUAGCAAGAAUGGUUAUGAUGUCAUUAGAACUUAUGGAUUGUUUACCAUUUAAAGAAGUAUUAUUCCAUUCUAUUGUAAGAGAUGCACAAGGAAGAAAAAUGUCGAAAUCAUUAGGAAACAUUAUUGAUCCAAUUGAUGUUAUAGAAGGAAUUUCGUUAAAAGGAUUAAAUGAUAAAUUAUACACAUAUAAUUUACCAGAGAAAGAAUGUGUUAUUGCAGCAGAAGGACAAAAAAAAGAUUUUCCUAAUGGAAUUGAAGAAUGUGGAACGGAUGCAAUGAGAUUUGCAUUAUUAGCAUAUAUGACACAAGGACAUGAUAUUAAUCUUGAUAUUAAUAGAGUUGUUGGAUAUAGAAAUUUCUGUAAUAAAUUAUGGAAUGCAUUUAAAUUUUCAACUAUGAACUUUAGAAAAGAUUUUAAAGCACAAGAAACAUUUGAAAUUAAGAAAACAAAUAGUCGACUUGAUCAAUGGAUUUUACAUAGAUUAAAUGUUAUGAUUACAUCAGUUCAACAAUGGUUCAAAAGCUAUGAAUUUGGAAAUGCUACACAAGCAAUAUAUUCAUUUUGGUUAUAUGAUUUUUGUGAUGUUUAUUUAGAAGCAUCAAAAGGUAUAUUUAGAGGACCAGACAAUGAAAGAAGAAGAGCAGCAGAAGAAGUCUUAUAUAAUGUCAUUGAAAUUGGACUAAGAGUUCUUCAUCCAUUUAUGCCAUUUAUCACAGAAGAACUUUGGCAAAGAUUACCAAGAAGAAAUGAUAAAGAAAUAUCAAUUAUGGUAACAAGUUAUCCAGAACCAAUUAAAGAAUUUAAUAACCCAGCAUUAGAUGAAGAAAUUAAAUAUAUUUACACUAUUAUUAAAGGAAUAAGAUCACUUAAUGGAAUUUAUUCUCAAGCUAUUAUCACUUCUAAACAAAAACCAAAAUGUACUAUUGUCACUGAAAGAGACUUAGAAGGAUAUGAAGUUAUUAUUAGUAGUUUAGCUGGUAUUGGUGAAGUAAAUAUCGUCAAAGAAGGAAUUUAUAAAGGAUCUCCAAUGCAUGUUGUCGAUAAUUCUACAAGAAUAUAUUCUCAUUUAGCAGGAAUCAUUGACUAUAAACAAGAAGCACAACGAUUAGCUGGAAAGAAAGAACAAAUGGAAAAGAACUUAAAAGACCUUGAAUUAAAAAUUAACGAUGUUCAUUUCGACAAAACACCAGAAGAAGUUAAGAAAACUAUCUUAGAAAAGAAACAAUCUUUAAUUGAAGAAAUCAAAUUAAUCCAUCAAGCACAAAAUGAAUGCUUGGAAAUGCUACAUUAA